UGUGUUUGCUCUGUGGUUAUGAACUUCAGUGGGGUUUGAGCGCGAGAGACUCGUUUCUUUAAAUCUCAAACACUGAGGAAAAGUCCUGAAGAUGAAGAGAGCAACGGCAGCACUUCAACUCUGUUUGUGUAUCUUGGCGGUAAAGGUGACAUUUGGUAAGGUCUGCACCAGCGAGCAGUUUACAGAAACAGGAGAAUGCUGCAGCAUGUGUGCUGCGGGCACUGGUUUGGCAAAGAGCUGUGGUCAGGAAGACACCAAGUGUCAGCCGUGUCAGGAUGGUGUGUCGUUCUCAGACUCUGAGACUCUUUCAGUUUGUCGUCCUUGCGCCCGCUGCCCCGCCAGGAGUCCUGAACUGGCACGCUGCACGCCCACGCAGGACACCCAGUGUGACUGCGGUGACCGUUACUUCCUGUCGCGGGAUGGUAACGGCACAAGUGGGCUGUGUAAGGCCUGUGGCAUGUGUGAACAUGGAAGUGGAGUGGUUCGGGUUUGUGGGCCGCUGGGAAACACCGUAUGUGAGCGGUGUAAACCAGGGACUUACUCAAAGGAGAGGAGUGACAGGAAACCCUGCGUGCCCUGCUUGCGCUGUAGUGAUGACGAGGUGGAGAUCAGACCCUGCCAGCCGGACUCUGACACCGUCUGCAUGGUAAAAGACCUCAAUAUCCUGUUCCGCCCUUCUGGUUCUGAACACCCCCGAUGGCCAACUCUGAAUGAGGAAACCGAGAACAGGAGCAGUCCAUCCCCAGGGUCUGAAUCCCCCCGACUCACUCCACAGGACCAAGGGGCUAACAACAACAACAUCCUUGUCUACGUGUCUGUACUGGCUGCCGUGGUGCUCGGCCUCCUGCUCUACGUCGCCUUCAAAUGCUGGAAGUCAUGUCAGCAGAAGCAGGCUCUGGUGAAAGCACGGGUUGGCGAGCUGAAUAAUGUCGGGGAAGGAGAGAAAUUACACAGCGACAGUGGCGUGUUCCUGGACUCUCACAGCCUUCAGGAAAGCCAGCCUAGCAAAGGCAGUAAACGAGACAGCAAACAGGACACACGGCUUUAUGUGAACCUGCCGCCCCACAAGAAGGAUGCAGUAGAGGGGCUUCUUACAGAGGGGGACAAUCGAAGCUGGAGGCAGCUGGCAGCGGCUCUUGGUUACGAACAGGACCGCGUGGACGUCUUUGGACGGGGCCAGGACCCUAUCCACACCUUCUUAACUGAUUGGGCCCAACAGGAAGGCUCCACACUGGGCCUGCUCUGCUCCGCUCUCGCACGCAUUGAACGGCCGGACAUCAUCAGCGCCCUCACCGCCCCGUCUCAAGGAAUCUCAGUGGUCUGAAUACUUGAAUAUGUUUCUUAAGCCAUCAUGAAAGUGAAAGAGACACUAAAUCAUAGAGGGGAAGAGCAUCAAUUGACUCAUUUUUGAAUGUCUUGCACUAAGAAGAGCAGAAUUGGAAAUAACGUUUUUAACUCAAACGUAACGUUUGACUUACGAAUUUAGUUUCAACAGCUUGAGAUGUUCCCUCACCACAGAACAUAUUCUGCUCAAGACAGAAGUUUCCUCCAGUAUUCAUGGGAAGUUUAUGCUUCAUACGAUCCUCUUUGCAGUGUCAAAACAAACUGCUUUCUCCGAGACACAUCCAAUGCUCGACAUUUUCAUGGGCAGUGUUUUGGGUGGAUAUGGUUUCAGCUGUGGUUGGUGUCAAAGACGUGGACAUUUCUGCGGCCUCGUGAAUGACAGUUUUCCAUUUGUCCGGAACGCAUCAUAGUGCCAGAGAAAGCAUCUGCGUGCGAUUUAAUCAUGCUUUUGUAGUUAUAUUUCAGCGCUUCUGCCGUUUAAACAAUAGUCAACACCGGAGCUGGAUAGAGUAUUUUACUUGAAUCCCGUGGCUUGUCAAGGGCAAUGUAACACUGAGGCGUUUUAUGGUUUGCAGAGAGGAAAACCAAUAAAUGUUUAGCACGAGGGAGUUGUAUAUUUGGGAAUAUACAGAUAAACGGUCAAGUUGCCUGAGCGAGGUCAAGCUGUCUCAUUCACACUAGUGCUUGGUUAGCACUUUAACCAACAAUGCAACCUAAAAGCAAGGUUAUGUUUUCGUGAGUUAUAUGAGAGGAAAUCUGUCUUGUGCCUUUACUUUGAAUGCUCAGGUUAGUGCUUUGCUGGUUUACGCUACCAUGUGUGUAUUUUAAGGUUAUUCUGUAUGUCAGUGAUGAGUUAUGGGUGAGACUUGGUUUUUGUGCGCGAGAUGCUUCUCAUGUUAAUAACAUUCAUGUUAUAUAUCUAUCACUUAUGUUUGUCCUUUUUAAUAAUGAAAUAUUGAUUUAUAGGCAUCUUUGUAUCUUUUAAAAAAUA